ACUCUGAGAGCGGAUCCGCCGUGUGGGAAAGGCGCUGUGUUGGCACUAGGUGCUCGGUUUGGAGGAGGACCCGAAUUUGCAUUCAGUUAGUGAACUGAAAAGAGAUGCACCAGAGCUUGGCUUCAGUGCCACAUUGGAGGGAAGAAUGCCUCUUCUGGAGGGGGGCAUUAAAUUCUCUGGAAGUCAGUCUCUGCUCAUUGUGGGAGUUGAUGGGAUCGUGGCUGAGUGAUAACAAGGUGCAACGCCUGACAAUGGCACUGAAUAAACACUGCCUUCAAGCCUCCUUCCUGUAAAUGAUAGGACCAAACAAGGCAGUGUGAUGAACAUGCCACUGCAUCAAAUCUCUGUCAUUCCAGCUCAGGAUGUUACCUCUUCCAGAGUCUCCAGGAGCAAGACCAAAGAAAAAGAGGAACAGAAUGAGAAGGCUUUGGGGCAUUCCAUGAGCCGCUCUAGUAACAUCUCAAAGGCUGGAAGUCCAACCUCUAUCUCUGCCCCUCAUAGCUUCUCUCGGACUUCUGUUACACCAUCCAACCAGGACAUCUGCAGUUCCAGUGCAGUGUUUUCUGAGUGUUGUCAUCACAGUCCAGUACAGUCUGCUGUUGUCUUGAAAAAUCCUCACUGCCAGAGCCCUCUGACACAAGGGGUCACUGUGACAGUAAUCUGUCAGGACACGUUACAUGCAGCAAAGAGAAACUCCCGUGGGCAGGAUCGGGGCCAGGCACUCAGGUCUACUGAGAAUAUAAAGCCCACCCACACUCUGAAAUUCUCCAAGUCCCUCAAUGAUGUGGACCAGAAGGCACAGAGCACCAGUGAGUGCUUUGACUAUGUGGAGCGAACAUGCUCAGAAGGCAGACUGACCCCAACUCAAGAGCAGUGUUUAAGGAUUAACAAAUUUCAUCUUAAAGAGAGAAAACUACUGAAUCUCAAGCCUCUUUCUUUUAGCAAUUCUAAGCACUCCUAUAUCCCUUCCCUUUCCAACUACUCAAGUGCAUCAGGAGGAGCAGAAAACCACAGCGCUGUACAUAUCCCCUUGCUGGAGGACAAAGUGGACCAUGACACCUCAAGAAGCAAAAAGCUGUUGCGUUACCUUUUUUCCUUCUCCCACACCUCCAGCAUCAGCAGCCUGCAUAAGUUCCAUGAACUGGAGAGCUAUUCUAGUCACUUCCAAGCUGAGAAGUCCUCCAGCGUGCUGGUGGAAAGCACAGACUUCUGUUCUGAUGAUAUGGGAGACGAUGACGUCUUUGAGGACAGCACCUCAGUGAAAAUGAAAAUAAAAGAGCAGCGAGCACCACUCUGUUCAGUUGAGAAGGACAGUGACCUUGACUGCCCUUCCCCCCUCUCAGAAAAAUUCCCCCCUCUCUCCCCUGUGUCUACAUCGGGGGAUACCUGCAGGAUAUGUCACUGUGAAGGAGAUGAUGAGAGCCCUUUGAUUACCCCCUGUCACUGCACGGGAAGUCUUCAUUUUGUGCACCAAGCCUGCCUGCAGCAAUGGAUCAAGAGCUCAGAUACGCGAUGUUGUGAGCUGUGCAAGUAUGAGUUCAUCAUGGAGACAAAACUUAAGCCUUUGCGAAAGUGGGAGAAGCUGCAGAUGACAGCCAGUGAGAGGAGGAAGAUCAUGUGCUCUGUAACAUUCCAUGUCAUUGCCAUCACCUGCGUUGUGUGGUCUCUCUAUGUCCUGAUAGACAGGACCGCUGAAGAGAUUAAACAGGGACAGACUACUGGGAUUCUAGAAUGGCCAUUUUGGACUAAACUGGUGGUUGUGGCUAUUGGUUUCACUGGAGGACUUCUGUUCAUGUAUGUACAAUGCAAAGUGUACAUACAGCUGUGGAAGAGACUCAAAGCUUAUAACCGAGUAAUAUAUGUACAAAACUGUCCAGAAACUAGCAAAAAGAAUAUUUUUGAAAAACCUGCACUAAUGGAGCCAAACUUUGAAAGUAAAGAAAUGCUUGGGGUUCACCAUUCAGACACAAACUCUUCACAUUACACAGAGCCAGAAGACUGUGCUGCAGAAAUCCUUCACGUCUGAUUGCUGGGUGGGAGGGGUGUUUCUGUAUGUCCUUGAAGAUUUAAAAUAUCAUUGUUUACUGCAAACUGCUCUACCUUUUUAAAAUCAGCUAACCGCUGAGGGCUGGUGGAUGAAUUUUUUUACAUUUGUUUUUUGUUGGAAUUUUUUAAAAUCGCUUUGGCAUAUCUGUCAAUGCCAUCAUGGUUGCAUACCUCUCAAUGUUUUGUCUCUCAUACUGGCUGAUCAAAGAGCCACAGGAUACUGGAUAGAAUGAACCUUGGGUUUGGUAUCAAGCUGAUAGUGAAUUGUCAUCAACUUCAUGGAGUCUGUUACUUUAGAAAGUGAUUCUAAAUGAUUCUGAAAUACAUUUAGAGUGGGGUUGGAUAGUUUGUUUGUUCUUUAAGGGUGAUGAAGGAGGUUGUCCCAGACAUUGAGGGAAAUGAGAGAUCUAGAGUCUAAUCUACCACUAACACUGCCACUAACAUUUUGUCUUAGGCAACAGGUGUAAAAUUUUGCUUUACAUAUUGUGAUGAGACUUAUAAAGCAUAUAGCACUUUUAAAAAUCUUUAUUUUGUAAUAUGUAUGUCAAAUGAGAUUGAAACUUGAAAGAAUGUGUCAUUUUCAAAACAGUUCUUCAUUCUUUACUCCAUCUAUUCUUCUGGAACAUAAACCUCUUGCCUUAUAAAAAAAAAAAAAAAUUUAAAAAAAUCUGACCUGUGGUUUCCAACACAUGCCCGCAUUAUCUUACUAAACAUAACACUAAAAAACUCUGCCUCUUUGGGUUUCCUUUGAGGAGCAAUUUUUUUCAAAGGAUAUUGCACUUGUGACGUGUAUUGGGAGUAGUGGAUGUGUACAGUGUUCGUUUUCAGUACGUAAUGGUUUCAGUGUUUUGUUUUGGGCAUUUUUGGUUUUCUUUUUCAACAGGUUGGACCAUCAACACACCUGAACAUACAUACCUGAUGUAACUUUCUUUCCAAACCAUUGGCAAAGAAUUUGUUGCUAUGUUGGUAAAAAAGUGAGCUGUUACAGAAAAAAAGAUACUUAGUCAAUACAGCUGAAAUUGGUUUCCCUUCUUUAGUGCUGUGUCAUGUGUAAAUUACCCAAGAAUUUGAUGAUGUCAGAGGAGAUGCUGAGGCCAAAGUCUAGGUAGUAAAUGUUGCAUUAAGUGGAUGAGUUUAAAAAUACCUGCCAGGUUUUAGACCUGAUGUGAUGCAUUAUGUGAUCAGAGAAUAGUUUUGUCUGUGCUUUUGAAUUUUGGACUGGCUUCUUAAUCAGUCAGCCUUAAUGAAAAGAGAGGGACAGCUUUAAAAUCUGUUUGCAGGGCUUUAGACGGAGUUGCCCAAGGCCUGGAGUGUCUGCUGUUAAUUUGCUUGAGCAGGCUGCUUCACUGAACCACUGUCCAGCUUCAAGCCCAUAUUUAACCAAAGUCUUAGUGUCACUGGAGCAGAAAUUAAGCCCCACAGAGUCAGCACAUGAGGCCUCUGCAUCUGAAAGGUGACUUUCCCUACCUGAGCCCUAUUUAAAUCUCUGUAAAGUCAGUGAUAAUGUUCUGUUGUCCAGUUGCCUGGACUUCUCAGUUAGGGAAAAACUUCUGUUUACUUAUUGAGAUACUGAACUAAAUCCCCAGCUGAGGUUCAGGUUUUAGUUAGUCUUUUUCAAGUACAGUUUUCAUUGGGCCCAUUCUUUUCAUAAUAAAAGUUGCUUUAAGACAUUCCAAAGAAUAACAGUAAGAGAUCAGUUAUUUUUUUCCUUAAAAUGUAAUAUUUGUUUAUUUCUAAAUUAAUAUUUUAAAAGCAGGUGGAGGAGGUACUAUGGUAAGAGAACAGGCACCAGUGAUUUCUAAAAGCUAUUAAAAGCAUGUGUUUGCAUGUGUGCUUCUGUGUGAUCUCAUGCUUAAAGCUUACUGGCUGUGAUCUUCAUGAACAACAUGGUACCAUGUUCUUGAGAUGUUUUAAAAUACCCAGACCUCUGAGUAGUCCUAGCAAAGCUGCACUGGCAUGGGUUGUAUACUGUGCUAGAUAUCAGGAUGUCCCAUGCUUACAGGAUACAGGCAGACAAACCCUGCAUACCCUACUAGUAUGAGAGCAGCCGUCUUCAUGACCAUACGGAUGUAGAGUUCGUUACCUAUGCCUGACAUAAUUUAAAGUGCAAUUACUUGGGCCCUUUCUUGAACUCUGCUGUGGGUGAUUCUCUUCUGUUAUGAGAACUCAGAUAAUACACUGCUUUGUUUUGUUUUCUGUUUUUUUUCUGUGAAAAGAUUUACUAGAUAAACUCAGGUGGGUUAAAUAUCAGGUCUUGCACACCUUCAUCAUGUUCUUCUGAAAUGCCCAAGUGCACAAGACUUACAUGUCUGCAAGAUGCUCAUGUUACAGCUGCAAGAUGCAAAGAAUCAGCUGCUGAUUGAUGCUGGGCACAUUCUCAUCCGAUCUGUGGCCAAUAGGUGAAAUGAAAAUGGACAAGUUCUGCUGUGAAACCUACUUGUUCUCCAGCUCACACCUGAGAGGCACUGCUGUCUGACUGAUGUUCUGACAAGUGCCAGUAUGGACCACUGUAAUGUGCUGGCCCUGUUUCAGUCACUGUCAUAUGUGAUUCUUGGUGAAACAUUGUGAAAUCUCAUUUGGUGUUUCGGAAGCUCCAUGUGGCACAUCCCAGGUAGUGUUCAGUGUAUGCAAGAUACUGAAGGUUUUUGCUGUGGCCCUGUGUAUCUUAACUUGGAAAGAAAACUCAUCUCCAGCAAAAUCAUCUGGGGAAAAAUAUUUAAAGACUAAACUGUUUUAGCAAGUGUUGCUGCUAACCAUACCCUCUCCCAGCAGGUCUUUUCUGAGUGGAAGUUAAGGCCUAAUAUUUAAAUUCUUUAUACUGCUUAGGAAUGCUUAUACCAGGAAGGGCUGCAGAAGAGAUCUGUCAGGGGUUUUCAUUUGUGCUGGUCACACUUUUCAUGCUGAUUCUUGCUUGGUGUUAAUAGUGGUCUUCUGGAGCUGUAGUUCUCUGCUUCUGCAUGAUGCCAUCAAAUGGUGUGAGAAGGCUGAAUGGUGCUUUUUUCUUCUUUCUCCUCAAGGAUAUAAUGUUGACUUGUUUUCAGCUUCCAGCUGCAAGCACUGAUGCUAGCUCAGGUGAGCUCUGUCUUUUCUACCCAGAUGUCAGUAAGGGAAACAACCACCCCCUGUCAGAUCAGAGUUUCUAACACUUUCUUCUGGCACCUUUUGAAAUGACUGAAAUAUAAGACUGACUUUUUUUGGUCCUUGUUCCUUGGCCAAAGUUAGUGCAGUUUGCAUGGGACUUUUCAAAGACCAGAAUUUAGGUAGGAGGGAAUACAGGCUUAAUACCAUUGACCAUGAUCCUUCCCAUAGAUUGCCAGAGCCUUUGUUGAUAUGUCCUGUGCCCUAGACAUCUGAGCAGACUCCCAUUCUAGUGACUUAAAUUCUGUCCAAAAAAGCUCUGGCUGUGUCAAGGAAAUUUCCCCACCGUGUCAUACCGUGGUAUGUCUGCCAGGUCAUGAACAUGCAUUAUAUUAGAAAUACAAGUGUGUGCGGCAGAAGGUUGAUCCCUUUUAAGAGAUCAUGAGACAUUAAAUUCCUAUGAAUUCUCAGGACUUUCUUCAGCUGUAACCCUGUAUUUUGGAAGUGGGGGUGGUAUUUAAAAUGUUGCCCUGUGUUCCGAAAAGAUGACCAGACCUGGGGCCAGCUUCUGCUGGUUGAAUGUCAUUGAGAUUGGCUUUGCUUCAGCAGGAGGGAUUCAACAAAGGUUACACUGAGCCUCUGUGCUGUACCUGGGAAAUCCUGGGAAGCAAUAGUAACUCCCUGUCCAAGCCCACUUCUGCCAAUCCCUCUGUACUGAUCAAAGCAUCAAUCCCACUUGUGCUGGUGCCGUAAGGAAGGGGUCUGCUUGGUGCACCACUCUUGGGAAACCUUUGGAGUGAUGAAUGGAUAUGGCCAUGCAUGGGAGCUGAUUGCUUCUGCUCUGUGUUUGGCUGGGUGAGUAUCUGUUACAAAGUGGGAGCCAGGUCCAGAUUUCUUCUAAAGCUGAAGUACAUUAAGAUACAGAUUUCUGGUGUGGUCUGAUGUGGAGAUUGUGGCCAGCAAUGAAAGGGAGAUUGGUAACUCUGGGUUGGGUCCCUCUCAAAUAUGGGUGAAACAGGGCAAAU